AUGGCAGUGAAUAUAUUUUACAAAUUUCCUGGGAAUUGUGGUAGACUGCUAUUAAAUAGGGACGAUGAUAUGAUCAUUAUGUUUGAAAUGAACUCAGAUGUUAGAGAGAUAGAUAUAAUUGUUGAAUUUGUUGACAAGGGUGUUCCAAUUAAUUUAGACAGUCAAUGUCCACUACAAAAUUCUGAGGGGGAAGAUGAAGACAGUGAGGGAGAAGAUGAAGACAGUGAUGAUUCUCAGAAAUCUAAUUACAGUUUCUCAAACAGUGAUGAUGAUGAGGACUGCAAUGAGGGAAAUGAAGGAAAUGAGGCACAUGAUUGGGAUAAUAUUGAAUUAGAAAGUGAGAGUUCUGAUAAUAGUUAUGGAGAUUUAUCAGAUUAUAGUGAUAGUGCUGAAUUUAGUGGAGAAAGUGGUGAUGAAAGGAAAGGUUUUGUGCAUCAACACAUCAAGGGGAUAGUGUUCAAGUAUGGUGCUAAUGGAGAGAUUAAAUUUGUGAAGGAUCAUUUGUUUGAUAACAUCAAUCAUUUCAGGACCGUGUUGAAGGAGUAUUCAGUUCAAAAGGGUUUCAAAUUGGUGAUGAAGAAGAAUGAAAGAAUUAGAGUGACUAGUCAUUGUGGGAACCCAGGUUGUCAUUGGAGAAUCCAUGCAACAGUAUUGGAAGACCAAGUUACAUAUAAGGUUAAGACAAUUGGUCCAGAACACACUUGCAUUAGAACCACUAAGAACAAGGUGGUCACUUCUACUUUUAUAGCAAACAAACUUGUUAACAAAUUUAAAAAUCAACCUGACAUCAGUUUAAAGAAGUUGGAACAAGAAGUUAGAGAUCACUUUAAGGUGGAAGUAAGUGAGGCAUGUUUGAUGGGGGCUAGAAAGAAAGCUUUAGAAAAGAAUGAAGGAACCCAUGCUGAUUCAUUUUCCAAACUGUGGAAAUAUGCAGCUGAGAUUCAAAAAACCAAUCCUGGGAGUUUAGUGUUUAUAAAGCAUUCACAAGAAGAGGAACCAAGGUUUAUAAGAAUGUUUUUAUCAUUUGCAGCAGUAUUAAAUGGCUUUAGGGAUGGCUGUAGACCAUUUAUUGGUCUGGAUGGUUGUUUUUUGAAAGGUCCAUUUGGUGGUAUUUUAAUUAGUGCAGUGGGGCUUGAUGGGAAUAAUGGGUGA